AUGUCUCCCCUGCUGUCACCCAGGGUAGGACAACCAAAUUUCCACUCGGAUUUGACUGUUAUAGAAUAUGAGGAAAUAGAGGACAACGCUAGGGGAUUUUUUAUUUUACACAGUAUACCAACAGUUUCGUGGUCCAAGCUGUUUAUUUCAGAAACGAUCCCAAAUACUGUGUCAAGUCACUCUGGGUAUCAGAACAGCACAGGAAUUACAACGACUGUGUACGUUGCGCCUCUAUCCACUCCCGAUGAAAAUGUAACCUUUCAGUCGCCUGUACAUUCUACUAGUACAUCUACUACAAAGCCUUCAUCUAUUGAUCACGCCGACUUCUAUCCAGAUCUUCGCUGUAAUAUCACAAGAGCAACUUGCAACGACUGUGGUGUUUUCAGCAUCGACACCGCUGAUUCCAGAAUAGUCCAAGGUGUUGACGCAAAGCCGAAUGAAUUUCCAUACCAAGUGCACAUAUUCCUAGUCCUCAACGCGACUUACCGGUGGUGUGGUGGCUCGAUCAUAAACGGACGCUGGGUUCUUACUGCUGCUCACUGCUUUUACCUGGAUUUUGGGUACCCCAUUCUACUAAACUUCUACGAAGUUGGAUAUGGAAAUGUGGACAUCAAUAAACUGAAACGAGUUCGUCCAAAAGAUAGAUUCAUUCACGAGAAAUACGUCCACCUUGUUGAUAAUUUUGCGUACGAUAUUGCACUUCUAGAGCUUGAGGAUGACAUACACACAUCUGAUCCCAACAUACAUUCCAUCUGUUUGGCUCAGGAAGCUGACAUUCCAUUCGGAGGUAAAGCCGUUGUGACCGGAUGGGGAACCUUAGAGUACGGUGGGUCUUAUCCAACAGUUCUCCAGAAAGUGGCCUUGGAUGUUAUAAACACGACCUACUGCGCUUCUUUAGAACAGCUGCCUCAAAAUAUCAACACGGUAGUCUGCGCACUCACAAAUUACAAGGAUAGUUGCCAGAUGGAAAUCCAGACAGUUAUCUUUCCCCGACCUGACGCAAGCUGUCUUGGCAUGAUUCUUAAACCCACAAGUCCCGUCUGCAUGGCACCAUUCAUGGAGUCGAUCCUGGUUGCAGAGGAGCAUUUAGAUGUCCGUGAUGAAACUUCGCAAGAGAAGAUGGCAGUGCCCGACCAAGGCCACUGA